UGCUGCAUAUUCCUCGGGUGUCUCCUCUGACUGUGUCCUCCGCUGCUGCUGCCUCUCAUAUCUCCCCCCACCCCACCUCCCUGUGCGGGUGUCUGGAAGUUGGGCCCUUGGGGGUGGAGGGAAUCAACAUCGUGCUUCGCUGGGGAGCUGUGCAGAAUUAGCUAUGCCCUGCCCAGGCAUCCUUUGACCGGCUGGAUUUCUCCAUUUAUGUCUACCUGCGCACCGGAGGGCAGCAUAGGAUGAACAUCAGCAGUCAUGAUGCAAGGACUGAAAAACCGAACCAGGAAAGCUCUGGGUUUACGGAAGAGAGACAAGGAUACAGAAGCAACGGGUUCGCCUGACAAGGAAGGAACUGCAAGCGGGAAGAAAGGAAAUAAAAAGACCAAUGGAGCACCGAAUGGUUUCUAUGGGGAGAUCGACUGGAACAGAUAUGCCUCUCCUGACGUGGACGAGGAGGGCUUCAGCCUCCGGCCUGGGGAAGAGGGCGAUGCAGCUUCCAAAGCGAAGCAAUGUUCCUCCUCCAGCGACUCCGAGGACGAUGAGGAAGGCAAACAGAAGUUCAAAAUUAAGAUCAAGCCGCUGGUGGCGCACAGUGCCAAGUGUGUCCCUCCAUCUAUGGACGAGCUAAAAGCCUCAGUGGGAGGCCUAGCACUCUCUCCAUCUCUGAAGGGAAGUCCGAGACGCAGCCCGGGGCAGAUGAAAAGGAAUUUGUCCUGUGAAGAGAUUGCCAGACCCAGACGCUCCACCCCCACACCAAGUCCUGCCCCUGAGACGCCGAGUGACAGGCUGUCGCAGAACGUUCCUGCCUUUUUUGGGCUGCCAUCAGAGACCAAACAUGCCAGAUAUGAUGUGGUGCCGACUGAUGUAUGGGAAGAAUCAAGACCGCGCUCGGAAUCACCGCUGAGCAGAAGCUUCCCAACGGGAGCUCCCCCUCCGCUUCCUCCAAAAAACAUUCCAUCGAGAAGUCAUUACUGCUCUGCUUCUGCUUGUGAUGCUAAUCUACCCAAUGGAAGGGCCGCUCGCAGGUCAGCCCCCAUCUACCUGAACGUCCUGUCUCCCGCUUCUUACCAAGGCUCCCCGGCCCCUGACCUGGACGACGUGUUCGGCCCCUCAGACGGGACCCGCACCAAUGAAGAAACAGUGUCUCCCAGAUGGGUUACUUUCACCAGCGGCAGACCCCCGCCGCCUGAUGAACCCGCACCUCCUCCUCCGCCACCAGACUCUCCUGCUCCAGAAACGCCCUCGUCGACCCCCUCCACCCCCUGCCUCUCUCCGGGACCGCCGCCAAAUGAGCCCCCGCCCUCGCCUCCACCGCUUUCCCCGCUCUCACCUCUCUCACCGCUCUCACCCAGAUCUCCGCCUCCUUUCACGCCACCGGAAUCACCUCCCUGCGUCGUGCUCGGACCUCCUCCGCCGGAUGAACCGGCCCCUCCCCUGCCUCCCGACUUCUCUGCCUCUAAUUCGCCUCCUCUGUGUUUCGACGACGAGGGGACCGAUGAAGAGGUGCUGCAGUUUGCAGAGUACUGUUCGUCCCCGGCCCCCAUCAGCCCCGUGCCCCCUCUGCCUGCAGAGCGGAGGUCUCCUCGGGUCGGAGUCACGUCUCCUCUGGUCCUGGGGGCCGUGGGGGGAAAGAGGACUCCGGAGGGAGCAUAUCUGAGAGAUGAUAUCCCGGACUUUGUGGGUUCACCCAGAGAGCUGACGCCGAGUUUCAGGGGCACGCCACCUCCUCUCCCUCCAACCACGUACAGGUCUAUUAUGUCCUCCCCAGGGCCCUACUCAGGCAGCGGCCCCUCGUCCCCAGCUCGUCCCGCCACGCCUCAGUCUCGAGGCAGUCCGGUCCCGCCGCCUCCUCCUCCUCGACCGUCCUCGCGACCAAAGCUGCCCCCGGGGAAACCGAUCACAGACCCGACUCGGCCCUUCAGUCCUCCGGUUUCAGGCAGCCCCCCACCUUUCGCCCCCAUGGCCCGGGCAGAGAGCUCUUCCUCAAUUUCCUCCAUUACUUUACAGAGCACAGCAUCCACUCCAACCUUAGGAAGGGACCUCAACAUGUCCGGCGCAGGAUGCUCCAGAGGACCCAGUCCACUCACCAUGGGACCCCAAGACACUCUGCCAGUGGCAGCUGCCUUCACAGAGACGAUCAACGCCUACUUCAAAGGCGCGGACCCCAGCAAAUGUGUUGUGAAGAUCUCAGGGGAGAUGGUGCUGUCCUUCCCUGCGGGCAUAACCAGGCAUUUUGCCAGCCACCCAACUCAACCCAUCCUCACCUUUUGCAUCAGCAACUACAGCCGACUGGAGCAGGUCCUCCCCAACCCACAGCUGUUAUGCUGUGACUCCAUAACAGACAGUGUAGACACCAAGGAGUUCUGGGUAAAUAUGCCAAACUUGAUGAGCCAUCUGAAAAGAGUGGCUGAACAGAAGCCUCAGGCGACAUACUACAACGUGGACAUGAUCAAAUAUCAGGUGUCAACAGAGGGGAUCCAGUCCACUCCUCUGAACCUGGCGGUGAGCUGGAGGGGCGAUCUCACAAACAUGGAUUUAAGAAUAGACUACAAAUACAACACAGAGGCUAUGACCGCCCCCGUGCCACUGCACAACAUCCAGUUCCUGGUUCCUGUGGAUGGAGGCAUGGCCAAACUCCAGGCCAUGAUCCCCCCCGCCACCUGGAAUCGAGAGCAGCAGACGAUACAGUGGAAAAUCCCCAGUCUCUCUCAUAGAUCUGAAAAUGGAGGAGUAGGGGCUCUUCUGGGCCGGUUCCAGAUGAGAGAAGGCCCCUGUAAACCCUCACAGCUCGCAGUCCAGUUCAGCAGUGAGGGGUGCACUCUGUCAGGGUGCGACAUCCAGCUGGUCGGGACCGGCUACCGGCUAUCGCUGAUCAAGAAGAGAUUUGCUGCAGGAAAAUAUUUGGCGGAUAAUUAGUGGACCUUUUUGUGAACGGAACCAAAAGAAUCAAUGGCUUAAGACUGUGAAGACUAUGGAUCCAUCCCAUGUUUAGUGCAUUUAAAACGUUCUCUUUAGCGACCAUUAGAAUUAAUGGUUGAGAUUGAACAGAAUAGCAGAAGACACACCGACUGCUGCUGAGUUUAUGCAAGUAAAUACAAAUCAUUCAUCUUGUGCACUUGGAGACAUAAGGAGUAAAGCAUAGGGAAACCCUGAUUCUUUGUUUUUGAAUAGUGGAUUCAUCCAGUGAUCCAGCCUUAUUCAUUGCAGUUCUUUUUGCCUAACUGGUCGUCAUUGCAAAUGCACUGAAAAAGACAAUGUGAAUAGAUAAUAUCAUAUUAAAACAAUCUUAAACACGGUGGAAAAGGCUGGAAAAUGUAAUAAAUGAAUUUAAAAAGAAGUGUAGUUUAGAGUUGCUUUGCGGUUGUAUUUCAGUAAGUUCUAGGUUCCAUGAUAAUGGGGCGGCUGUAGCUCAGUGGGGUGAGGGGGUCGUCCUGCAACCCCAAGGUCGUCCGUUCGAUCCCCGCUCUCCACAUUAGUUGCAAGUCAAAGUGUCCAUGAGCAAGGCACUGAACCCCCAGUUGCUCCCCGGGCGCAUCACUGCAGCCCACUGCUCCUUAAUAACUAAGGAUGGGUUAAAUGCAGGGAAUACAUUUCGUUGCCUGUGUACCUGUACUCUGUGCAAUGACAAUAGAUUGAAUCCAAUCCAAUAUCUGAUUUACACUGCCACAUCAAAUCAGAUUUUUUCCCCCCACCAUGUAAAAAAAGAUCUUUUUCGUUGUCGAAGCAGAAGGGAUGUCUCUGUGGAAACAACACAGCCCUUUCUACAGUCGUGUGAUUCAAGGGCACUGGUCAGUUCAAAAUGUCCCGCAGCGCUGGAAUAGCACUCUUCAUCUAACGGGCUUUUUAUAUGGAAUUGUAUUUGUGUCUCUUAUCGGAUCGCAUGAAGGGGAAUUUUGAGCACAGUAAAACUUUGUUUGCAAGAAAAUUAAUUAUAUUUUGUAUAUUGUCAAGCAAAGAAGACUAAUUGGAGCAGCUCAAUUAUUUUACUUGUUUGCCUUAUCUUAGAUUUAAAUUCUAGUUUACAAUCAUUAUUUUAUAUAGUAGCACUGGAUCACAUGAUUGCUUUAUGUGAAUGAAGUUGCUCGUAGUGACAAACCCCACAAAGAAUAUUCACCCAAAUCGUGUUCAGUUGAUGGUUUUAGUUUUCCAGACGGCGACUAAACUGAUGACUUAGCUGAGUUGACUCUCGCGGCUCUCAUAGCAUUGUUUUUCUUCGCUGCAGACGGCAGGUGUUUCAGAGAAAAGGCUCAAAUGUACACGCUGUCAAAGUUGGCAACUAGCUGGUGUACAUUGUGGAGCAUUUAGCUUCUCAAAAGGCAGACUUUCCAUCAGUUGGGCGGGACUAAAAAACGGCUUAAAAGGAGACUAAAUAGUGCUCGUGUUACCGAGUGUCUGCUUGAUGUGUGCAGCUGUUUGCUAACAAGUUCACUAUGUCAUCUUAAAAGAUCAAAUGUCCGAGUUGCGGUCACAGACGGUUUCCGCUGCCAAAAACAAUCAUCAAAUUGCAUGUUUAGGGUUGGCAUAUGGGGUUUAUGGCAGCAGAAUAUAUUUUAGUUUGCUCAGAUGAAAUUAUUUUUCCGUUAUAAUAAUUUCUCGACAAAAUGUCAUCCAUGUGCUUGAAAAGAAACCCAUCUGGUCCCGUCCGGCGAUCAGGAUCGAAGCACACACAACGCUUAAUGUCUACACAUGCCGCCGUUACCACUAUUUUAAUGGCUUUUUGCCGUUGACGGGUCAUGUGAGCACAGAGUUGAAACUGUAAAUCAGUUACAGAAGUUUGACCUUCCGAAGAACAAACGCAUUACUUCACCACGAUGAGGGUGUGCAAUGCUGAGAUACAUAAACCUUCCCACAUGAAAGGACUAGAGACUCGAGUCGUAUUUGUGGUGGUGUGUGAGCGGUAACAUUGUGUAACAAGGCGAUACUUGAAUAACAGAAGCUGCUACUUUCACUGGAUUCAGUUAAUUUGUUCUGUUGUGUUUGAAAGGGCCUUAAGGUGUAAGACGCACACAGAGCCAGACGUGAGUGCCAUAUGGGGGUGAGAACGAGCUUUAAGUUUCAGGGUGAAUAAAGAAGGCGGACGAUUGUAGGAGUUGCCUUCGAUGCUGCUGAAAAACUUGGCCAAUUCCUUUGACCAUGAUCUUUGAUAGAGGUCUUGACAAAGAUUAUUGGGGACAUCACAGAGUAAUGAAAAGAAAUGACAGCCCUAUUCAUGUCCCUGUCUUAUUUUCUUCCUUUUCCACCAUGUUAAAUAAUAAAUGUUUUAUCAUUUUAUAAUAGCAAUAUUUAAGUGUAAAAAGUGUACAUAAAAAGGUAUGUUUCAAAUAUUUCCCUGGGCAUAUGGAUGUGUCUGUGAUUGUCUCUUGAUUUAUUGAUGUCAGCACUCAUGAUGAAUUAGGCCCUAUGUAACAACACCACUCUAUUGUUUAACAUGUGGGUUUCUUGUACCAAAAAAAGAUUUGCUGUUGACGAAUAACCUCAAACGGUGCCGCAUGAAAUCUGCAUUUGUCCAUUCUGUCUUAUCAACGCAAUACAAAUGAACCCAUUUCAAUACGGUCCUGAUACGUGUGUUAUUGUAUAAUUGUGCUAUGAGAGGAGACUUUUUGCCUUCACUUAAACCUCCACUCUCUGUUUUGCUGUUGUUGCACCUUCAAAAACUCAUUGUCAAUACAUUUGGCAUGUAUUCAUUGAUAUUUCCAUUCCAUUCCAUGCAUCUGAUAUAGGGGUUUGAAAUUCUCCUGUGUUUGACUUGCACACAAAACACACCUUCAAUUUCAUCAAUAAAACAGUUCAUGGACUCAUGUCACAUGUGGAUAUGUAUUGGAACAUCACAUGUUAUAUAAUGUUUGAAUGUGUUGACUCACAGAUUUGGCCUAUACUAUUUAAUUUAGUUUUUAAAAUAAUUUAAAAUAGAAAUUAUAAUAUGGUUAGUUCAGUUAAUUGUGAACAACAGUUCUCAAUGUUUCUGUUAAUGAUGUUAAUAUUUGUAUUUGCCUUAUUUUCAAGAAUACAUCAAGUCCUCCCAUAUGGGAGGGUUUCUGUAAGUUUAUUUUUUUUUACAACGUGUUGGCUGUAUUCCUUUCACUGCAUUAGACACAGAAUAUGCAAACAUGUCAUGUAAAUUUCCCAUCCAAAGAUUUUCAAAGUAAAUAUAUGUACAAAUCAAUAUAAUGUAAUACCUGUUUUACUUGGUAAUAAAGAAGAGGAAAUAUGAUACAUUUA